UAAGAACUCGAGUGGAACAAGAAUGCUAGCCAUGCUGUUAUCUGCUCGCUCUUUGGCUGCUCGAUCUAUGAGCUCGGCUGUUUAUACUGCUUCCAUGGGCAUCCGUGCAACCGCCUCUAGGCAGUAUGCUACCCAGAGUAUUGAAUCUAUCGUCAAUGCACGCCGGAAGUAUGCCGCUAGCAUCAAUCCGCAGGAUCAGUACAAGCAGCCCGUGCUUGACAGAGUAGCUCAAGAAAUGUUCCUAACCGAGAUCUUGCGUACUAUGUUUGUGGUUUUCGAGCAAAUGUUCAAGCCGCCUUAUACCAUCAUGUAUCCCUUUGAGAAAGGCCCUCUUAGUCCCCGUUUUCGUGGAGAGCAUGCAUUGCGACGAUAUCCUACAGGUGAAGAGCGAUGCAUUGCAUGCAAGUUGUGUGAAGCCAUUUGUCCCGCUCAAGCCAUUACUAUAGAGGCAGAGCCUCGUGAGGAUGGUAGUCGUCGCACAACUCGCUAUGACAUUGACAUGACCAAGUGCAUCUAUUGUGGAUUUUGCCAGGAAGCUUGCCCUGUUGAUGCUAUUGUUGAGGGCCCCAAUUUUGAAUACUCUACGGAAACUCAUGAAGAACUUCUUUACAAUAAGGAAAAGCUUCUCUCGAACGGUGAUAAGUGGGAGGUUGAAAUUGCUCGAAAUCUCAAGUCAGAUCACUUGUACAGAUAGUUGCAAUGCUGAGCACUGAUGGUUUUUUGUUUGACAUUCAUAUAAAGUCUCUUAAUGUUUUGGGGC